ACGGCCAACGACAUUUCCUGUGCGUACCGGAAAUGUGUUUCGUUCUGUUAUUGUUAGCAUGAAUGUAACUAGCUAGCUAAUUUCGAAUAUAACAGAAACAUACAGCAAUUGUGUUGAUUUAUUCGAAGUUCAACGUACCUGAAUAGACUCUAGUUGGCUGAUAAACCAGCCUGAGACGAGAUUGCCACCUGAGAUACGUUGUCUGAGUGACACCUGCCGAAUGUAGCAACAUUAUUUUAUUCAACGUUUAUUCGAAAUCUCUGGACUGUGAACAACAUCAUGGAAAAAGAUAUGCAGGCAGGUGCUACAGCUGCAUCUGUGGUUGGGGCACCGAUGGGAGCAGCUGGGACACAGAGCCGUUCAGAGGACGAGGAGUCGACAGGGAUGAAAGAUAUCAAAAGAACAGCAACACAGGCAUUUGUUGGGGGUGGUGGUGUUGUGCCCAAUCGCAGGAGCUCUUCAAGGUCAAUUAAAAGGAAGAAAUUUGAUGAUGAACUGGUGGAGAGCAGCCUGGCCAAGUCAUCCAGCAGGGUCAAGGGCCCACCUGUCAUCGAGCCAAUCCGCUGCUCUGGGAGCGAACCCUCAUCCAAUGAGAAGAAGAAGGACAAGACUCAUGACAAACUGCAACCUGCAGACUAUUGUGCUGUUUAUAUGAUGUCCAAGUCCAGCACGGCCCUCACGCCGCCCCUCACUAUGGUGAUCACCCCCCCGCCCAUCGCCAAGAGGGUGAAGAAGAGCAAGCAGCCCCUCCAGAUCACUAAAGACCUGGGCCGCUGGAAACCCACUGAUGACCUGCUGCUCAUCAACGCUGUGCUACAGACGACAGAUCUGACCUCUGUUCAUCUGGGAGUGAAAUUCAGCUGUCGUUUCACCCUGAGGGAGAUCCAGGAGCGCUGGUACUCUCUGCUCUAUGACCCCGUUAUCUCCAAGUUGGCAUGGCAGGCGAUGAGGCAGCUUCAUCCGGAGGCCAUUGCUGCAAUCCAGAGCAAAGCUCUCUUCGGUCAGGCUGAGGAGGCUCUACUGGCCAAGAUUGCAUCAAGCAGUCAGCCCAAGCUGGAGGUGUUCCAGGAGCUGCUGAGUAAGCACCCCAGUGUGUUCUACCCCUCCCGCACACCCAAGAGCCUGCUGGUGCACUGGCAGCUGCUCAAACAGUACUACCUGCUGGAGGACCAGAGUGUCCAACCUUUCCCUAAAGGUGACCAAGUCCUCAACUUCUCUGAUGCUGAGCAGCUGGUGGAUGAUGCUAAGCUAAAGGAGAGCAGAGAUGAGGUGCUGGAGCAUGAGCUGAUGAUAUCUGACCGCCAUCAGAAGAAGGAGAUAAGGCAGCUGGAGCAGGAGCUACCACGCUGGCAGGUCCUGGUGGACAGCAUCACAGGUAUGAACUCUCCAGACUUUGACAACCAGACGCUGGCAGCUCUGAGAGGCCGAAUGGUUCGCUACCUUAUGAGGUCACGAGAGAUCACCCUGGGCAGAGCCACCAAGGACAAGCAAAUAGAUGUGGAUCUGUCUCUGGAAGGACCUGCCUGGAAGAUCUCCAGGAAACAAGGGAUAAUUAAACUGAAGAACAACGGGGACUUCUUCAUAGCCAACGAGGGACGCAGGCCCAUCUACAUAGACGGCAGACCAGUCCUGUCGGGCAACAAGUGGAAACUCAACAACAACUCUGUAGUGGAGAUUGCAGGUCUUCGUUUUGUGUUUCUGAUUAACCAGGAGCUGAUCUCACUCAUCAAGGCAGAAGCAGCUAAGAUGAAUCAGCAGUGAGAGAGAGAGAGGCCAAGAUAGCUGCUUUUAGCAACACUGGUGCAUUGGCACACAAGCAUUGCUGGGAGUUGGGUUGCAAAAACUGAACAGUCCGCAGGCCAGAAGUUAAUAAAAUUAUAUUUCAACUUACUCUGCCGGUGGUCUUGAUGGUUGGUCCUUAUAGCGAGGGGAAUUUGAGACAAAAUAUCAAAGUGUGUGGAAAGUCUGUUAAAUAAUAACUUUUAUAUAAUUUUUCUCAAGUUCCCCAACCGUCCAGACCACCGGCAGAGUUAGUUGAAAUUGAAUUUGAUUUAACUUCUUGCUCUGUUGCGGAAAGACUGAGACAUGUUUGAUAGUGUCUCGUUGCUGUAUUGUUUGUCCUUCAUGUUCUAAUACUUCAGUUAUCCCUUCCUUGUGUUUUUUUGUAAUAAUAAAAAAAUUAAAACGUCUUGCUCCCCCCCGCCUGUUCUGUUUUUUAGCAACCCAAUUCCCAGCAAUGCUAGUGUGUCAGUGCACCAGCAUUGCUAAAAGCAGUUAAGGGUAAGACCCAUGCCUGUGUCCACUGCCCAGCCAGCUCCUUCAUACAGAGCAACGUAUGGUGGCCAAUGGACACGACCAGGAGCCUCAUGGACACCCCCAGGAGCCUAGUAGACGAGGACCACAUGAAGGACCACAGAUUUGAAGGAAAGUAACCAGGAACCCCUUUAGUCAUGGUUAUACAGUGGAGUAAGAGCACGACACACACACACACUCUGAGAAUGAUUGUGGUCUUUGGCUACAUCACAUAUCUUUCCGCUGCUGAACAUUUUAGGGUGAAUCUCAUCUCAAAGAACCUAAAUGAUACUUUCCUUGUAACUACAGGACCGUAACACCAGUUUAGUCUUGUUUUAAAGUUUAAAUUGGGAUUCAUAUCAGGAGGUUCCACAGUGCCUUUUAAGACAAUGGAUUUGUUUUAAAACUGUGUUUCCUUUUAGUUCAUACAGGUUUAGGUUGAAUUGGUACAUGCAAAGAUACAUUUAGGACCAGGAUAGGGAAUCAGUCAUAAACAGUGAUAUUGUGUAUGUAUGUAUUAGUGCUACUUAAGCCAAAGCCAUGUAAAAGUCAAUGUGACCGUUUGUUUGAUUUUUUGUAUGAACGCUUGGAUUAAAAUGUGUCAUUAGUUGA